CCCAGCUGCUAACUCCAAGAGAGAACUCUCAGCAUUCAGUAGCCUGAGAGAAAGAGAGUGAUUUAGAUGGAGAAGUUUCCGUCUACCGGAAAAAACUUGAUUCUGCAUGGCUGACCACAAUUCAUGGCUGACCUCCAGCUUCACUACUUGGGCAAUGGACAUGAUCCUUGCCUUUGUGUAUGGGCUGGGGCUCUUCCACCUAUUACUCCUCCUCCACCUUAACUCACGCUCACCUCCACCAGCGGAAAACACCACCACCCAAAAGGUGGUGAAGAGGGAGUACAGCAAGGUCAGGAAGAAAAUCAGGACCAUGAAAGCUUACAGAGGCAGCAGGAAGAAACCCAAGGGGGACAAGGUACUGGUUUCCCUUCUGCACAGCAUGCUAGAGAGGCUUGUCGAAACUGUCAGCUUUUGCCAGCUCUUAGGACAAGAUGCCUCGGGUGAAGCGUCUAAGCCAGAAGCUGCCAAAGCCCACCUGCCACCUAGUCAGCCCACAGCGAAGUCUGUGGCCACCAGUUUGUCCCUAGCAGUUUCCUCUGCUUCGCUCAAAGAUUCUAAAAUCUCGUCACCUGUCCUGCUGAAUUCCUCAGCUUCUACUGAGUCACAGUUUUCCGUGAGUGCCUGUCAGCCACCAGAGACCCUGACUCCUGGAAGAUGUUAUUCACCACCUCGGGUACCUUCCCAUCUGUGUCAUCCUCCUGAUCCUGUGGCUUGUUCUCCACCCAUGCCAGAUCCCAGCACAAAGGCUCCUUGGUGUGACUGGAAAACACUGGGGACCUCACAGAGCACACCUCUCCCAGGUUUGCCUUCUCCAAUCCCAACCACCCCAGGCCUUGACCACUCAAUCAGACCUACCUCCACUAUCCCAGGCCUUGACCACUCAAGGAAGCCUACCUCUACCAAGCCAGGCCUUGACCAAUCAAGCUGGCCUACCUCCACUACCCCAGACUUUGACUACUCAAUCAGGCCUACCUCAAACAUCCCAGGCCUUAACCACUCAAGCAGAGGGACCUCAACCAUCCCAGAUCUCGACCUCUCAACCUGGCCUACCUCAACUACUCCAGGCCUUAACCAUUCAAGCAGUGGGACCUCCACCACCCCAGGCCUUGACCACUCAAGUAGGCCCACAACAACUACUCCAGGCCUUAACUAUUCAAGCAGGCCUACCUCAACCUCCCCAGGCCUCUAUAACUCAAGCAGGGGGACUUCUACCACUCCAGGCCUUGACUACUCAAGCAGGCCUACCUCAACCACUCCAGGCCUUAACCAUUCAAGCAGGCCCAGAACUACUACUCCAGGCCUUAACUACUCAAGCAGGCCUACCUCAACCUCCCCAGGCCGUGACAACUCAAGCAGGGGGACUUCUACCACUCCAGGCCUUGACACCUCAAGCAGGCCUACCUCAACCACUCCAGGCCUUAACCAUUCAAGCAGUGGGACCUCCAUCACCCCAGGCCUUGACUACUCAAGUAGGCCUACCUCAACCACCCAAGGCCUUAACCAUUCAAGCAGAGGUACUUAUAACCCUCCAGGCCUUGACCACUCAAGCAGUCCUACCUCAACUACCCCAGGUCCGGAAUACUCCUGCAGGCCUCCCUCAAAUAUGCCAGGUCUUGACCACUCAAGCAGGCCUAAUUCAACCACCCCAGGCCUUAAACAGUCAAGCAGGCCUACCUCUACCAGUCCAGGCCUUGACCUCUCAAGUAGACUGACCUCAGGCCCUUCCUGGUACCAGGUAGCUGCCAAAACCUGGUGCCACUCCAACUCACCACAUGGUGAGUCCUCAAAAGACCAUCUGUUUCUUAGCCUCCAAAAGGCCUCGUUCUGGACAGGCCCCACAUACAUGCAGAUAGACACAGAGAAGCCCUCUUUCAUCAACCCUGACAUCCAGGAGAGGCUGGAACUUGAGAUUCAAAAGAGGGUUGAACUAAAAGUUUGGAAGGGGAAAGGCAAAGAAAGGUGUGACCAUGCCUUGGGAUGUAUGGACAAUAUGCUGCAGUCCUGGAGCAGCCAGCAGGCCACCACCAGAACCUGCAAAUCAGAGCAAUUUUCAGGUCAUCAGCAGUUCUUUUACAAGAAAUACAGCCAGCUUUUCUGGGGCCUCCCCUUUCUCCACAGUGAGUCCCUUGUGGUUACUGUCAACAUGGCAGGUUCCCCUCCAGAGCCCCCCUCCAUCUUAUUCAAUGGACUCUCUACUUACAUCCCAACACUAUUUCAGACUAAUGUACAUCCACAGCUCUUUUCUCCAAAGCCCUUGCUUCAAUACUUGGUCAAAACCCAACCUUUGACUCCAAAGUUAUCCAGGUCCCAAUCUCCACCAGCGGAUGGAAUCCAAACCCAGAGCUGUGACCCAUCCUCUCUCCCAAAGCUACCAGACCAUUCACCUCCAAUUAGGGAUUAUGGGGCUUCUUGUCCUAGAGCUUCAAGAGUCCAAUUUAUGAUCCCACCUGCUGCUCAACACCUAGAGCGCCACCUUUUGAAGAAGCACCAAGAGAGUAAGUGCGAUUUACCCCCCAUAGUUAAGAGGUCACAGGAAGCAUUUCAUCAACUCAAUUCCAACACUUGGGCCUCCCAGGGAAAGGGUUCUGUUGUCCACCUCCCGGGGAAUUUCAUUAACUCCGGGCUCCAACAGCAGCUGGAACAACACUUAAAAGAGACUUACACACAACGGCAGUGCCCCCACAAGGUCCAGCUAUCUCAGGAUCCAAGUAAGUCUCAGGACAAACUCCCAGGGAUGGGUCAGGCAGAAGUUAAUCACGGGACCUCAUGUUCUUCAGCACUGACAGAUGAAAGCAGCCUUCAUGCACAAAGUGUCUCAUCACAGGAUCUAGAAAUAUUUCAAAUAUGGAUGGACCCAAGCAUGUAUCUGACAAAUGAUCUGUACAGGAGCCCAGAAGAUUACCUAGGCAAAGUUCUCGGGGCUGUCUCUAAGACAGAGGCAGAAAGUGGCCACAUGAGACACCCAAAAACUGACACUCGAAGUGUUUCUCCAGUGGGACUAGGAAAGAAGUUGCUAGAAGGCACCCCAAAAAAUGACUCAAGCAGCAAUUGGAGGCAGGCCAAGGACAGUAAGGUGCAUGUGGGCAUUUGUCAUGCAGUAUGUAUGGACCAUGCAUUGGCCCCUCCUGAAAACUUGAAUGAUUGUACCACCUACAGGAAAACUUCUAGUAGGCCUUCCUUCCUAGAUCCUGGCACUCAGAAGGUGCUGGAAACACAUCUUACAAGACGUCUCGUGAGACACAGAUGGAGCCUGCCCCUCAUAGGCCUCAAGACUAUACAUGUUUUCAACAAGACCAAGGCUACAACUUUACCCUUUCCACAACCCUCCGACUCUUCUUUGUCCUUCUGGGACUCUAGAGAUGACUCUAUUGUAAAAAAGGCCAGUGUCCUGGGAGAAUCUUUUCAGAAAGGCCCAGACGAGAAAGUGAAAACAACCUCCACACAGAACCCUCUUUCUGCCUCCCAGCUCGGAUUCCUGAGAGAGACUCCACCUAGAGACAAUUCUGGGCCCUCAGAGGCCCCUACAACUGUCAAGGGAGACAAUAUGUCUUCUCUGUCCACCUCACAAAGUCUUGUGGGCAGAGACUGGCACAAUGAUAUGGUUAUUAGAUCUUGGACAGGCAACCCAGAGUCAAAUCCAGGCCUAGUGAAAGGUGCACAUGAGUCACAGGAAAGAGAGCAUCUGAUUUUAAGCAAUACCUACAAUUGGGUGUCAGUUCGGGAGAUCAGUGUGGCAUCCCAGUCAACAAGUAGCAGGGACAUCCAGGAACUGGAGAAGGAAGAGGAGGAACAGUCCUGUGACUGUGUAUUCAUCAUGGAAGCUGGGGAGAUGGCCAACUCUGAAAGCAACCAUCAACAUCUAAGGGGUUCAGAAUCCCUGGAGCCCAGUGAAAGUCCAUCCCCUUCUACCCAGGAUCCAGAAGACUCAGGCCUGAGCACACUUCACUGCUCGUCCCCUGGUGCUGUCUUGCAGGACUGUGCUACUGAAUCAUUCUAUAAAGACUGUGCCCCUGAGGUUCUCCUUGCUGCAGAUAUCCUGGCCUCCCGAGCCUCCCUAGCCUCCCAGUCCAGCUUCAAGAAUGUGCCUGCUACAAGCAAGUCAAUCUACCAGGGCAGGUACUCUUUCUUAAGAGAAGGGGAUGUCCCCCAAAUUACCAAACAAUGGGAAACAUGGCCUAGCCAUAUGUUUGUUCCAACUGACAAAAAAGAAUGUCAAAGUCCCAGGCAGGACACAUGUCUUUCAGGGAUGAAGCCUGUCCAAGCCUACAGGUCAAAUACUAAAAAAUGCAGUUCUUCCCAAGAAACAGGGAAGUUUGGGGACAGGAUAAAAAGCUUUAUAAGGUCAAUUUUCAACCCCAAAGCCAAAUUACAGGAGAACUCCCUGCAAAAAGCGAAGUCCUUACCAGCUACAACCCAAAGCCCAGGGUCAGUCCCGAGUAGAUUAUUCAUGGCUCAACAGGUUGCUGAAGCACAGGACCUCAUGACCUCUGUUGGAUGGAUUCUAGAGGAAAAGUUGGGGGUUCACCAUUUGUGUGCUCCCUCAAAGAAAAAUUUGCACCAAGAACCACCCCAAGCCCAAGUGAGUAGGCCUGUCUGCCACCACAGGAUUCCUACUGCAGAAACAAUACAAGGAACAACAAAGAAACAACACACUAGCUCUGUUCACCAAGCCAACCCCAAGGUACAAAGGCAACCUUCACACAGCCAACCUUCUACAGACAGAUGGAUGCCCUAUGGUAACUGGGCCCAGGUGUCCAGAGAACCUGUGUCCCGACCCAGGCCCUAUCAGCACAGGGCACAGGUACCACGUGUCCCACGGAACCCUGUCCACUGUCCUAGGCACUGCCCCUACAGAAGUGGACUAUAGAAAGUAAUUAAAUACUUUUCCCCAAAAGAA